AUGGUGAACAAUUUGAUUUCAAUUGGUUUGGGACGGGAAGAUGCCUUUGCAGCUGCUCUUUUGGGAGACACUGUACUCAUGGAAAAAGCAUGGCAGGAGACUGGGAUGUUUGCUGAGGCUGCGCUCCAUGCUCAUGUAUAUUUUGGCUCAUGGUCGACCUUCAUUGAGAAACUUAGUUUAGGCAUGGAACAAGAUACUGUAAAAAGGGAGUACACUCCAUCUACUAAAAUGGACUCUGCAACUGCAUUUUUGGCUUCCCUUGAGAAAUCCAAGCUCACAACUUGCAAGAUGCUUCAAAGAAGCCACCGAUUGAAAUUCUACCUCCUCCCAUGGCGUGCUCUAGCACCAUCUGAGCCAGAUGCUUCAGUUCCCCCAGUCUCAGGGUCGAGUGCUCCAGCUCGUACCGAUGUGAACGAUGAAACUUCAGAAAAUCAAAACCAAACAUCAUCAUCGAGUGUUUCAGAACCUGAUGGAACCGAAGAAAGUGUGCCACCAGCAUCCAAGAGUCCUAGACCAACCACGACUCAUGAUGUCCCCAAGCAACCAGAAAACCAAGAAACAAAUGUCCGUCCUGAACUUUAG